AGGUGACCUUCAAAGCGAGCGAGUUUGACGUUUUGUAACCUACAAAAAAUAUUUUCAUUUGAAUUCCCUACCCGCGCAGACAUGCACUAUGCGGUAAUAUCAUCGUAAAUAACUUCGUCAAUCAAGGAAUUGUGUAAAAGUAUCAUAAAAACUAGUUUUCAGUGUGAUUUUAUGUGAUAAAAGUGCCUAGAUCAGCUUCCGGCGUUCACACCAACUUUUUUUUUAAUCCGCCACAAUGUCGCGCGACAGAUCUUCGAAGCGGUUCUACCGCGCUGAGUCUACUCAUGACCUGCUAUCCUACAUGGACAAGGGUCAGGCUGCCAGCGAUGAGAACAGGUGGACCUUCGAGACUGCUUGGGAGGUUGCUAACAAAGUGGGAGGCAUCUACACUGUAAUCAGGUCGAAGGCGUAUGUCUCCACCGAGGAGAUGGGAGAGAAUUACUGUUUGCUGGGACCUUACAAGGAGCAAUGUGCGAGAACAGAAGUGGAAGAGGCGGAGUUUCCUCCUAACUCACCGCUCACUACAGCCGUCAAUGCUAUGAGGAGCCAAGGUUAUAAGCUCCACACCGGCACCUGGUUAGUAGACGGCAACCCACAAAUCAUCCUGUUCGACAUCGGGUCCGGCGCGUGGCAGCUGGACGGCUACAAGCAAGAGUUGUGGUCCACGUGCGGCAUAGGCAUACCGCACCUCGACAUCGAAGCCAACGAUGCCGUCAUACUCGGCUUCAUGGUCGCGCAGUUUAUUGGGGAAUUCCGCAAAGCAGCGGAGAGCUACAGCGACACGCCGCCGCGUGUAGUGGCGCACUUCCACGAGUGGCAGGCCGGCAUCGGACUUAUUAUGCUCAGGACCCGUCACGUAGAUGUAGCCACAGUGUUCACGACUCACGCCACUCUGCUCGGUAGAUACCUGUGUGCUGGAAACACUGAUUUCUACAACAAUUUGGAUAAGUUCUCAGUAGACGAGGAGGCCGGUAAAAGACAGAUCUACCACAGAUACUGUAUGGAGCGAGCGGCGGCACAUAUGACGCACAUAUUUACAACCGUUUCCGAUAUCACUGGUUACGAGGCAGAACAUCUCCUGAAACGCAAGGCGGACAUCAUAACGCCCAACGGUCUGAACGUGAAGAAGUUUUCAGCAUUACACGAGUUUCAGAACCUCCACGCGCUAGCCAAGGACAAGAUUAACGAGUUCGCUAGAGGACACUUUUAUGGUCACUUCAACUUCGAUCUAGACAAGACGCUAUACUUCUUCAUCGCGGGCCGCUACGAGUUCGGUAACAAGGGCGCCGAUAUAUUCAUCGAGGCGCUAGCUAGACUUAACCAUUAUUUGAAGUCAUCAGGCUCAGACAUGACUGUGGUAGCGUUCAUGAUAUUCCCCGCUAAGACCAACAACUUCAACGUGGAGAGUCUGCGCGGUCACGCAGUCACUAAGGCACUCAGAGACACCAUCAAUGACAUACAGCAGAAGAUUGGGAAGAGGAUGUAUGAUAUAUGUCUCAGUGGUCAUCUCCCCGACGCCUCUGAUCUUCUACAUAAAGAAGACACAGUGCGUCUGAAGAGAUGCAUCUACAGUCUACAGAGAGAUGGCCUGCCUCCCAUCACUACGCAUAAUGUUGUGGAUGACUGGAGCGAUCCUGUACUGAAUUCAAUCAGAAGAUGUGAACUUUUUAACACGGUUAAUGACAAAGUUAAGGUAAUAUUCCACCCAGAAUUCCUGACCUCCACGAACCCUCUCUUCGGCCUGGACUACGAGGAGUUCGUGCGAGGAUGUCACUUAGGCGUGUUCCCCUCGUACUACGAGCCGUGGGGGUACACCCCCGCCGAGUGUACGGUGAUGGGCAUACCUAGUAUCACUACUAAUUUGUCAGGUUUCGGUUGCUUCAUGCAGGAGCACAUAGCGGACCCGAUGUCGUACGGCAUCUACGUGGUGGACCGCCGGUACAUAUCGCUCGAGGGCUCCGUGCAGCAGCUGGCUCAGUAUAUGUUUGAUUUUACCAAACUCACACGACGACAGCGUAUUAUUCAAAGGAACAGGACAGAGAGAUUGUCAGAUCUAUUGGACUGGAGAAAUCUAGGCAUUUAUUACCGCCAAGCCCGAGCCGAAGCGUUGAAGAUAGUAUACCCCGACUACGUAGACCACAUGGACCAGGAACUAGGCAAGCGGUUCAACUACCCGCGGCCCAUAUCUGAACCUCCCAGUCCUACGCAUUCUAGAGGUACAACCCCGGCCGCGUCAGUCCACGGUUCUGAUGAUGAAGACGAGGUAGAUGAGGAGCAGGAACUAGCCGAGCUCAGGAUCAGCGAUAAAUAAGUAUAGUUAUGUACUAUAAGUAAGUUAUGUAAGGUUUUGUUUGGUAGAAACAGAUUUGUGG